AAAUCUAUCAUGGAUGUGACGUAAUUUUCACUUCCGUUACUUUAGCGGCCGGUGUUGACAGUAACGCCGCUUAGCAUCCAACUUACUUGUGAUUUUACAGUGUUGUUGGUUGGAAUGGCUUCGUCUAACACGUACAAACUCCGGUGCUCUAUUCCGGGCCAUGAAAUGGAUGUAAGGGGACUUACGGCCGCCCUUUUCCCGGAAGGAGCGUUUGUUUCUGUGUCCAGAGACCGAACCGGAAGAGUCUGGGAACCUAACGCAAGCCCGGACAGAGCCUUCACCGAAAGGCACUGCAUGUCCGGACACUCGAAUUUUGUAUCCUGUGUAUGCAUAAUCCCACCGAGUGAAAUCUAUCCCAGAGGACUAAUCGCCACGGGAGGAAAUGAUAAUAACAUUUGUGUGUUCUCAUUGGACAAACCAGAACCAAUUUUUAUUCUUCAAGGUCACAAAAAUACAGUUUGCACACUGUCCUCUGGGAAAUUUGGCACACUUCUUAGUGGCUCCUGGGACACCACUGCCAAGGUCUGGCACAAUGAAAAGUGCAUGAUGACUUUGCAGGGGCAUUCUGCUGCUGUUUGGGCUGUGGUCAUAUUUCCUGAACAAGGCCUUAUGUUAUCUGGAUCAGCAGACAAGACUAUUAGGCUUUGGAAAGCUGGUCGAUGUGAGAAAACAUUUACAGGUCAUGAGGACUGUGUAAGGGGACUAGCAGUGAUCAACAACAAUGAGUUCUUCUCUUGCAGCAAUGACACCAGUAUCAGAAGGUGGCUGUUAACAGGAGAAUGUGUACAGGUCUAUUACAGCCACACUAACUACAUCUACAGCUUAGCUGUCUUCCCUAAUUGCGAAGAUUUUAUAAGUACAGGGGAGGACAGAUCUUUACGGGUAUGGAGGAGUGGAGAGUGCACUCAGACUAUCCGUCUGCCUGCCCAGUCAGUCUGGUGCUGCUGUAUUCUUCCUAAUGGAGAUAUAGUAGUUGGAGCCAGUGAUGGAAUUAUCCGAGUUUUUACGGAAGCUGAAGACCGUGUUGCCAGUGCAGAAGACAUCCAAGCUUUUGAGGACGAACUUUCCAAAGCUACUAUCGAUCCAAAGACGGGUGACCUUGGAGACAUUAAAGUAGAAGAUCUUCCAGGAAGAGAGCACCUUGAUGAGCCGGGAAAUCGAGAUGGACAGACUCGACUAAUCAAAGAUGGAGAGAAGGUAGAGGCAUAUCAGUGGAGUGUCAGUGAUGGCCGCUGGAUAAAAAUCGGAGAUGUAGUCGGUGGAUCAAACCAACAAACUUCCAAAAGUGUAAUAUAUGAAGGAAAGGAGUACGACUAUGUUUUCACCAUUGACGUGAACGAAGGCGGGCCAUCUAUGAAGCUGCCUUACAAUGUGUCAGAUGACCCCUGGCUGACAGCGCACAACUUUUUACAGAAGAAUGAUCUUAGCCCAAUGUUCCUUGACCAGGUUGCCAAUUUUAUCAUAGAAAAUACUAAAGGUCAUGUGCUGGGGCAAGCAACACCUGCUGGAAUGGAUCCAUUCACCGGAGGAGCUCGCUAUAUCCCUGGCUCUUCUGAUAAUGGGCCAGACUUGGGAGCUGAUCCUUUCACGGGUUCUGGUCGCUACAUUCCUGGUUCUGAUGUGCACUCAAGUGCUCCUGGGGGCGUGGCAGACCCUUUCACAGGUGGUGGUGCAUACUCCUCAGCAGCGCUCAGACAAAUAUCAACUAACAUCUAUUUUCCCAAGACUGAUGGUGUCACAUUUGAGCAAGCCAAUAGCACGCAGAUUAUCGCCAAGAUAAAAGAGCUUAAUAACAAUGCACCUCAGGAACAUCGACUAUCUGAGGACAUUUUGGAAUGCCUUGAAAGACUGCUGGUGUCUGUCUGUGCACCUAACACUGAACCUCCUCCCAACAUGCAACAGAUCAACUCCCUAUGGAAAGCUUCUCACUGGCCUGAAGACAUAGUUUUUCCUGUGCUGGACAUUUUGCGGCUGGCUGUGCGCCACCCACAGGUUAAUGAGUGUCUCUGUGGAGAGGCGGAAGGAAUCCAGCUGUGUAACCAUCUGCUCAGCAUGAUGAGGCCUGAGGGACGACCUGCCAACCAGAUGCUGGCACUGCGGACCCUUUGCAACUGCUUUAGUGGCAGACACGGUCGUUCCCUCCUCAUGGCCCAGCGUGAGUCUGUGCUGUCCCGUGCUGCUGACCUGGCCUCCGUCAGCAAUAAGAACAUCCACAUUGCUCUGGCCACUCUGGUGCUAAACUAUGCUGCUUGUCUCUACAACCAUGCUGACCUGGAGGCCAAGGCCCAGUGUCUCUCUGUGGCCAGCAGAGCUCUGGAGACAGUACAAGACAAGGAGGCUGUGUUUAGACUUCUGGUAGCAUUGGGAACCACUGUGGCUUCAGACCAAACUGCCAGAGACCUAGCCCUUUCCUUGGGUGUCAAUUCUCAGAUUUCAAAGUACUCAUCGGUGUCUGAUCCAGCAAAGGUGGGCGAGUGCUGCCAACUGGUUUUAAAAGAAUUGCAAUAAUAAUAAUGAUUUAUGUGAGAGUGCUUCUUUCUUAGUAGGCAUGGACUGGUACCAGAUUCCAACACUUACCUGAAGAAAAUUAUUAUGGUUACAAAGAAGUAACCAUUUUUUUUCAUAAAUUUGUCAUACCCUAUUGUGGUGAUUUAAAUCUUUGCCUGAUCCAAUAAGAUUAGCAAAGAAAUGUUCAUGAAAUAAAUAUAUUUAACCUAUGAUUUUAAUAUUCACAUCCCCUAUGGAAGAGAGCAAGCAUUUGUCUGUCAACUUGUAUUCACACAGAGACACAAGCUGUGAGAGCACUACACAUACCAAUGCUGCUUGUUUAUGCCAUGCACAAAACUCUUUGGACUCUGUACAGUGACAUUCAAGAACAGAUGGAUAAUUUUAUUCAUUUGUCCAUUGUAAACUUUUUACCUUCUUUUGUCAGGCAGACUUUCAGUAUUUACUAAAGACUUUACAGAAGCAUUCAUUGUUCACUGUUUCACCUUUUGUACUUUUUGUACCUGCCCUCAACCUUCUCUCUCCAUACAUGUGCAGUACUUCACCACAUUUCUUGAACACCACAGCCGUUUAGAAAUAAGCAAUAUGACAGCAAUAGCUAAACUUCUGAUAUGUACGGCUCUGUCCAGAAGAUAAUUUAAUUUUGAAUCUCUUUUAUCCAAUCCUUUUUUCGUAGUUGUGUAGCGCAGUAAAUGAAAGCAUGCACCUAAAAUUGACCAGUUAUGGGGAUAAUAUACCAGAUGGACUACUGUUUACAAUUAAACAUAGAUCAGUAAUUACCUAAUGCAAUUACAUUUCUUCAAAACCAAGAUACUCCCUGAAUAAUGUCACUGGUCCAUGCCUAUUUUCUAUGAAUAACCUUCUGCUCAAUAUUUGUGCUGGAAAGUUGAAGAAAUGAUUGUUCUGCUAUUAAAAAAGAUGAAGCCAAAA